CACUCCAAAUUAAUGUCUGUGCUGAAACUACUCGAGAAGAGAAAUAUGGCUGAUGAAGGAAUAGAGUCUUCCUCUGAAGACUCUAUCCUCGCACCAGAGAGCGACAUUCCCAGCGAAGAAGGUGAGGGUGAAGAAGAGAAAGAAGAGAGUGCUUUUAAGGAGCCAGAAGUUAAACAGUGGAAAAAUAGAGCAAGAGUUUUAAUAUGCUGUGGUAGAGGCUCUGCUCCAGGGUUCACAGGGCUUGUUAGAGACAUCAUUGACCUCCUCCCACACUCUAAGAAAGAGGCUAAGGUAAAUAAGAAAACAGCUAUCCCAGAUGUGCUAGAGUUAUGAGAGUCACUAGCUUGUAAUACCUUCCUGUACUUUGAGCCAAGAAGAACGAUGAAUAUUUUCCUUUGGAUUGGAAAGUAUCCUGAAGGUCCUUGCGCUAAGUAUGAAAUCAAAGGAGUGAACAUUAGUCUUGAAAAGAAAAUGACAGGAAAUUGCUUAAAAGGAAGUCGUCCUCUCCUCUCGUUUGAUAACUCGUUCUUGCCAAGUGAGGGAGACUUUUUGAAGAACCGUCAUCUUGUGUUAAUGAAGGAGUUGCUAUGAAGUACUUUUAACACUCCAAGGUAUCAUCCAAAGUCGAAGCCAUUUAUUGAUCAUAUUUUCUCAUUCAAGAACUUUGAGAAUAAAAUUUGGUUCAGAAAUUACCAAAUCUUGAAUGAAAAUGAUGAGAAGUUCACUGAAACCGAUCAGAUUGACAAUAUGAACCUUGUCGAGAUUGGUCCAAGGUUCAACCUUACCCCCAUAAAAAUCUUAGAAGGAUGAUUCACAGGGAAAACUGUAUGGCAGAAUAGCAAGUACAUCACUCCUGCCAAGAAAAGAAGCAAGAAAUUCAGCAGAGCCAUUAAGAAGAGAGCCCAAAAGGAGAAGAGGUGGAAGAUCCUGGAAGAAAAUCAAAUUGAAGAAACUCCAAUGGACAGACUUUAUUACGAAGAUGAGGAUGAGAAUGAAGAUGAAAAUUAA